UAUGUAUUAUCUUUCAAAAAAAUUAAAGAGUGUAUGUCCGAAUUCAUGGUCAAGUUUGACUCUCGAAAUCCGUAUCACAUAAAUUGGGACAGAGGGAUAGAAGAUUAACAGUGCCCAUGAAUAUAAAGAGGAGAAGUAUACUGCCGUUUGUGUAGGGGUAAAAGUAAAGAAGAUUCCACUUGUUCUUUCUUGUAAGAGAAGUGUGGCAAUCUGAUCUUGAUAGGUUUUUCAAAUGAUGUAAACAACAAAUAUUUCAUCAAGUAUUGAACUAAUUGCUCUUUAGUCACAAAUAAAAAUGUCAAGAAAAAAGACUUCCUGUGUUUUUUUUUUCCCGGAGAAAAGAGAAAAAGAAGUAAUCACAGAGAAUUAGAUGACACCUUUUUGUGUUUAAAAUUAGCUGUGAUGGGAGGAGAGGUAAUUUGUGAUUCUUUGAGAGUGCCUUUAGCCUAUAAAUUUCAGGAUAUGAUAUGAUGGCUAAAACUAUGCCCUCUAGCUUUCUAAUUGAUGGAGGAUUGUUUAUCCCAUGCAACCUGAUGGGGCCAAUCUGGUGUUUCAUCUUCGUAUUUUGAAAUGCAAUUACCAAAUUGAUUGAUCAUUAACAAUGCGCCAGAUGUUUCUGCUUAUCAUAGGCAGGUGAUGUCCAAUUCUCUCCUUGCUGCUAUUAUGGGUUUUCAUCGAAUCAACUUAAGACAAAAUAUGCCUUUGGAAAGUCAUUGAUAUGUUAGUAUCUUCUGUAGUACAACUACAAAAUUCUUGGAGUUUAGGUUUAUCAUAGUAUGUUUGUUGUUUAAUCACCCCUUCCUUGUUGCUCUGCUUCUAUUUUGGUAUUCAUCAGAUCACCUUUUCUUAAAUUUACAUGUUUGAACCACAACUAUGAUUUGCAGGAUAAUAUUGCACUAAUUUUGCUGGGAGAAGAAUGGCUAAUCCAUCACCUUACCUGAUUCAAGAUCACAAUAUCAGUAUACACUAUGAUGCAGGGGCUUCUCUGGUGGGGAAGAAUGGCAUCUCUAAGGCACAGAAGAAAGGAGGAGGGCUUGGUGGAAGAAAAGCACUUAAUGAUAUCUCAAACUCAGCAAAGCCUUCUGCUCUGCAGACAUCAAAGAAAAAUAAUUCUGCGAAUGUGAUUUCUAUUGGGAAAGAUGAUGCCUCUAGAAACAAAAUUAGUGCAGGAAGGAAAGAUAACUACUCUAAAGGUGUUGAGAAAAAGGGUGGCAGGAAAGCACUAGGUGAUCUUACAAACUCAAACAAGUCAUCUCUUCCAGAAGAGAAAUUUCUCCAUAAUCAUCAGGAUUGUAUCAAAGCACAGAGAAAGGCAAUGGACAUGAGUUGUUUUCUUAAGGAAGUUGGAUUAGAUCAUGAUGAUGUCCAUGUGCAUCUAGGAGCAUCUCCACAUGCACUUCAACUAUCAACGAAGUCGAAGUCAUCAACAUAUCGGCCAGAAAGCCCAAUGAAGCAUUAUGUCGAAGUGGAAGAGAUGCCAGAACUGCUGAUUUAUGAUCAGGUUCAUAGAAAUGAAGAUAAGCGGCCUUGUGUAUCUUUUUCACCUUGUGAUGCCUCUCCUAAAUCAGCAAAACCACUAUAUACCAGCUGGAAGGAUGACUCUGUUCUAGAUUUUGCAUUGAUUGGAACACCUCUUCAACCAAAGCAUUGAUGUGUCUUCUUUGAUCACUAGUAGCCCUUAAAAAAUUGUUAUAGAUCUGUUAUAGUCAUCGGUCAGUCAGCUGUUUGACUGUUGACAUUGUUUUAGUUCUUCCUGAUCUUUAUGUAGAGAACUACGCAGGCGGGCUAGCUCCUUCAUAACUUGCUUCACAUUUUGUCACUUAGCUAAUGCUUUGUAUUCUUUCCUCCUA